AUGCCCAGCAGAACCGUCCGCUAUGCCCGAUACAGCCCACAGCAGCGGCGCCGUCGGAUGUUGGCUGACCGCAGUGUGCGCUUUCCAAACGACGUUCUGUUCUUGGACCACAUUCGCCAAGGUGACCUGGUGCAGGUGGGACGCUUCAUUCGGGCCCGGAAGGUCACCCUAGACACCAUCCAUCCCUCAGGCCUGGCCGCCCUACACGAGGCUGUGCUCUCUGGAAACCUGGAGUGUGUAAAGUUGCUCAUCAGAUACGGGGCUGAUAUCCACCAGCGUGAUGAAACAGGCUGGACAGCUCUGCACAUCGCCUGCAGUGAUGGGUACCCGGACAUCGCCAGGUAUCUCAUCUCCCUGGGGGCGGACAGAGACGCGGCCAACGACGACGGCGACCUGCCCUGUGACCUCAUCGAUCCCGACUUCAAGGACCUGGUGGAGCUCUUUAAAGGCACCAGCAUGGACUGA